AUGGCUGUUCCUACGGUGCGACGAGCUUUCAGCUCGAUUUCGAAGCAAAGGUCGUUCUAUACUGCUCGAGACAAACUCCACUUUGGACUAUUCUUGCAAUUGCUCCGCAUAACUGUAGCUCUUGUUCUUCUUCCCUUCAACAAUGCCAUUCUCUUGGCAGCUUACAUUGCGGGGUAUUUCUCCUCACUUUCGCGCUCGGCCCCGAUUCAAAGACGACAAGCGGCCCUGCGAGAUGUGCAGUUCUAUCCAAAAACAGUCCUCGUAACGGGAGUAGAUACGCCAUACGGAUUAUCAGUUGCGCGAAGUUGGUACUAUCAAGGUCAUCGGGUGGUCGGCGCAAAUCUCACGGAUUCGUCAAUCCCCUCGGGAGAGAGCAUGUCCAAAUGCCUUGUCACUUUCUAUCGUGUCCCGAAGUCGAACUAUGUCUCUCGGCUGCUUGACAUUAUCCACCGUGAAAAAAUCGAUGUCUGGGUUCCCUGUUCUCACAGUGCCACCGUUUUUGAAGAUGCAGUCGCCAAGCAGGUAAUUGAGGGUCGGACCGAUUGCAAAUGUAUAACUUUAGACACGGAGCUUGCGACGGUAUUCAGCAGGGAAGAGACCUUUCGUCAGUACCUGGUUGAAAAGGGCCUACCAGUAGUGGAGAAUCACCACGUCCAGUCGCGCGAUUCCAUCCAUAAAAUCUUACAUCGGUCGCCCACCAAGACCUAUCGCAUGUACAGACCGAAUUCCAUCAUGGGAGACGACAAAACUGUCAUCCUGCCGAAGAGAACUAUAAGUUUAACCUAUUCAGAAGUUAGUGAGAUCCAGAUCUCGAAAGAGAGUCCAUGGAUUUUACAACAAGAGAGUCGUGUGGGAGAGAUUCUGGCUGAGUUGUUGGUGGUCCGGGGUCAUGUCAGGUCGAUCAAAGUGCACCCGGCAGACAGUGUGCCAAACUGGGGUCAAUCGCGCCUAGAUGAGGGGCUCGCGGUGGCAAUUCAUAGGCUUAUGGAGCGCUUUGCGUUAAAAGGUGGACAUCGGAUGACGGGUCAUCUCUGUGUUCGAUUGAUGGUGGAUGAGGAGGUCGACACCAACCAUGUGCGCUACGCCCUUAGCAUUGCCGGUUGCACACAGGGCGCAAUUGCUGUCGCAAGUCUACUACAAGAUGCAUCAGAUUCACUCAUCCGUGGGUACUUAACAGUGGAAUCACCACAUCUCAACGGCAUAGUGUCCACGGAUUCCGUUGACACACUACGCAUACAGGAAGCCAAAUCCAUCAUAUCUACAACACCACGUCCCAACUUCAGUCUUUAUCAGAGCGUGAGAGAAUGGGAUGUUCGAAGCGUACUUCUUGCAUUUUACCCAAUUCUUCAGGAAUUUGACCGACUGCUUAGUGAAAUGGAAGAUGUUCUUGGGUUCUGGAAGGGCUGGCGAUUCUCGAUUCAUGACCCAUUACCAUGGUGGUGUGAUGCCCAUGUCUAUCGACCAUUGAAAGUGCUGGAAUCGAUAUUCAGCAGCGAUACGAAAAGAACAUGA